UUGGAACAGCCAGAAAUAUGCUUGGGCACGCUCCUGUGCGGGAAAGCCGGCAGUGCGGGGGAAGAGGAUGACAGGAAGCGAACUCAAUCAAAAAUGUUCUUCUUCAUCACCCGCCCCCACAACCUCUGGCUGUGCUGGACAAUACAGGAAAAAAAUGAAAAAGAAAAAGCAGUCACGCUCCGACUUGAGCGUCUCCGGUGGUCCCUCCCACUCUCCGCCACCUUUCCAU